AUGGAUGGUCAGAGCCUCGAUGCGAAAGUGGUCGUCAUGGGCAAUUCUGCGGUAGGAAAGACAUCACUUGUGCAGAGGUACACAGAAGACAGGUUCACACCCGCAUCCACUACCUCCACGACGGGCGCCUUUUUCGUGACUAAAAAGCUCUUUGUGGAUGGCCUCAAAGUCCGUUUGCAGUUGUGGGACACGGCUGGUCAAGAGCGAUUCCGAAGUAUGGCUCCCAUGUACUAUCGCGGCGCGAGCGCGGCGAUACUAGUAUACGACGUGACAGACUUGAGUUCUUUUGACGAUGUUCGUAUAUGGAUUGAUGAGCUCAAGCAUCAUCACAAGCCACCGCUCAUCAUCUAUGUUGUUGGGUCAAAGGCGGAUCUAGCGGAUAAGGGGGAGCGCGCGGUGACACUAGAAUAUGCUCGAAAGUCCUUGCACACAUGGUACCCACCAACCCCUAAACCCGGACCAAACUCUUCCCGCAUAUCGAAUUCGACGCUCAAGGCAUCCAGUUAUAUUCGGCCUCGAUUUAUAUCCCUCACUACUUCCCUCUCUACCCCUGCCAUGACUCCUCUGACUUCUCCACCAAAGGAUUCACAUUCGUCCAAUGGUUCGCCAAGCUCAGCACCACCGCUCGGCCGUUCCCGAUCCGCUCGUGUUUCCCCUGCCCCUUCUCGUCCACCAGAAGCGUUACCACAGCCCAAGCGGCUACUUGCCGCGACACACAAUAGGAGGUGGAGCGAUGCAAUGAUGGGCGACGACGCGAUACGCGAACAAAACGAGUCGGAUGACCCGUCUACAGGAAUUAGUGGCAGCGGCCGUUCAUACGAUACGGAUGUGUUCGACGACAGCACAUCAUUGGAAGAGAUUGAGGAGUUAUAUCCUCUUGAGAAGGGCAUGGAGUUGUUUGAGGUGUCAUCGAAGGAUGAUGAAGGGGUGCAAGCACUUUUUGCACAUUUGAUCGAUAGCAUCAUUCAGAGAAGGGAUAUUAUCGAGGGGGAACGACUUGCAAGAGGGAGGAACAGCGUUAUGUUGGAUGGUGGGACAGGCAUGCGGGGUGACGGCGAGGAUGGCGAUGACGCUACCCUCCCGGAUCCCCGGAGAUCAGGGGGUUGGAGCUGUUGUUCGACAUAA